UAGCAACGUAACAUACAGGGCACUGAGGGGAGGACUCGGUUGCUAAGCAUCACUGAUCAGCAUUGUCUGGAAUGAAAGUUGCAGACCAUGAUUACCAAGUGAUCUCCUCUGGUUGGAAGACAUUCUCACUUUAGGUUUACUCUAGAGAGCCAUGGAACGCCAACUGAGCACCACGGCCUGCUCUGUCUUCAACGAGCUGAGGCUAGAGGGUAAACUGUGCGAUGUCGUCAUCAUGGUCAAUGGCGUAGAGUUCAAGGCUCACAAGAACAUCCUCUGCAGCUGCAGCUCUUAUUUUAGAGUUUUAUUUACAAGUAUUUUGAAUAAUAUGCAGAAAAGGGUGUACAACAUUCCAGGCAUCUCUCCAGACAUGAUGGAAUUGAUUAUAGAGUAUGCCUACACCAGAAGAGUCCCCGUCACAACUUGUAAUGUAGAGCAACUCUUGGUUGCUGCCGAUCAGUUUAACAUCAUGGGUAUUGUAAGAGAGUGCUGUGCGUUUCUUACGUCUCAUCUUUCCUUCGACAAUUGCAUUGGUAUCUGCAGUCUUACUGAAAUUUACUACUGUCCCGAACUGUGUCAGAAGGCUUUUGUGUUUAUCCUGCAUAACUUCGAGAACAUCUUUAAGACGUCUGAGGAAUUCUUGGAACUGUCGGUGAUGAAGCUCAGCUACAUGAUAGAGAGGGAUGAACUCAAUAUUAAUAAAGAGAAUGUUGUGUUUGAAGCCAUUCUGAAAUGGAUUGACCAUGACCCGGAAAAAAGGAAUCAGUAUAUCUCAGUCCUGCUUCCUAAGGUUCGACUGGGAUUGAUACAAAUAGCAUACUUCCUAAACAAUGUGAAAAACAACAUCUAUGUGAAAGACAGAGAAGAUUGUAAACCCAUUAUCAUUAAUGCUUUUGAAGCUAUUUUUCAUUUCAACAUGAGUGGACGAUCCAGUUCCAACUUCAGAAACCCACUUUGUAGACCACGCCUCCCUUAUAACAUCUUAUUUGCUAUUGGUGGCUGGAGUGGCAGAAGCCCUACAAGUACCAUUGAAACCUACGAUUCCAGAGCCGCUCAAUGGGUACAUGUUAUGUGCGACGAAGAGCAUCCAAGGGCUUACCAUGGUGUAGUGUACUUGAAGGGCUUUAUCUACAUCGUUGGUGGGUUUGAUGGCUUGCACUACUUUAACAGUGUGAAGCGAUUCGAUCCAGUGAAGAAAUUAUGGGAACAAGUGGCCCCAAUGCAUUCUAAAAGAUGUUACGUCAGUGUCACGGUACUACAGAACUUGAUUUAUGCUAUGGGGGGAUUUGAUGGCUACGUAAGACUCAACACCGCAGAACAAUACCAGCCAGAGACUAAUCAGUGGACUUUGAUUGCACCUAUGAUUGAACAACGGAGUGAUGCCAGUGCUACCACACUCUCUGGAAAGAUCUACAUAUGUGGUGGAUUUAACGGCAACGAAUGCUUGUUCUCAGCUGAGGUCUACAAUCCCAAGACCGACCAAUGGACCAUGGUAACCCCGAUGAGAAGCAGGCGCAGUGGUGUAGGAGUUGUAGCCUACGGACAUCACAUCUAUGCAGUAGGUGGAUUUGAUGGCACUAAUAGGUUAUGCAGUGCUGAAUGUUACAGCCCUGUUUCCAACACAUGGCUCCCUCUACCUUCUAUGCUCUCCUGCCGUAGCAACUUCGGCAUUGAGGUGGUGGAUGACCUAAUAUAUGUCAUUGGAGGUUUCAAUGGCUUUACAACAACUUUUAAAGUUGAGUAUUAUGAUGAGAAGACAAGAGAAUGGUAUGACGCCAAGGACAUGUCCAUCUACCGUAGUGCUUUGAGUUGUUGUGUGGUACCCGGACUUCCCAACAUCCAAGAAUAUUGUGCUCCACGUAACAAAUUUUAAUAAAAAAAGAUAAUAUUACAUCACCAUAUUUUACCAGCAUUCUCCAUUCAUGGGUUGUGCUUUAAGCCCAAGAGUCAAAAAGAACAAUGGAAAAAUAAAUUAACUGUCCCUUGUUACAUUUUACAACAAAAUGAAUAAAAAUAGUAACAAGAA